GGGUCAGAGCCCCCAAUUUGAGAAAUGCUGGUCUCCCCUGUGAAAUCUGCAUAGUAUAGGGUAAAAGCAUGCAAAAGACCAGAUUUCACGGGGUGAGACCAGAUUUCAUGGUCCUUGACACGUUUUUCACGGCUGGGAAUUUGGUAGGGCCCUAAUUAUAAGACCUGAUUAUCAGUUGCUUAUAACUUUGCCAAUCAUUAAUGGUUCAGGCUGAAUGGGUGUCUGCUGCAGGCUGAAUUUUGAGGGGGGAAGUUUCAACAAAAACAGCUCAGCCAUUUGCAAGAAUAAAAUUAGGGAAAAAUGCUAGGGAUUUCGGGAAGAGUCUGAUUGUCCACCAUCCCUACCUCACCUUCUCAUCCAGAGUUGGGGCCUGGCUGGGCAAGGAGUUUAAGGCGGGGCAGGGUAGGGAGAAAGACAGGGAUGAGGAAAAGGAAAUCCUCCAUAUUCCAUCCUGUACUGUCACUUGUUGUUCCGUUUCAGACCUGAAAUGCAGCUUUGGAGAACUUGCCUUUCCCCUGGGGUGUGGGAGGGGGAACCCUAUCCCUGAAUCUUCAUUUUUGACCUGCAAACUAACCACUUUCCUAAUUACGUAUUUGCAUACUCCCCGUAUCAUCUUCCUUCAUUGGAGUUUAGCUCUCUCGGUGAUGAUUGCAUUUGUGAGCUUCAGUGCAUAAAAAUGCAAGAGCUUGACUGAUAUUACUGGUUAGAGUGUCUCAUGUUAAAUGUAGCGCUAAACUUCUCCAACAUGCUUCUAUCCUGAUCUGCAGCAUUCCUGCCAUUCUAGUACUGAACUCCCUCUCCUUGGCAGGCUGCCUUAAUGUGCCAACUGCCAUACUAGCAUGUGAACAGAUGUAUGCCAGGGAACUAGAUUAGAAAGCUCACUUUUAAUUUUGACUAGCAGCACUGUAUUUAAAACUGAAUUGAAAGGUUAAUAUCCAUUAACUAACAUGCCACCUAGCUUCGAGGUGUUAGGAAUAUGUUCUGCAGACACAAUACUGAUCAGACAAAGGUAUGGGGAUUUGGAGUCCAGUGUGUAGUCUCUCAUGAACUUGUUAGACUGGAAAUAUUAGGAAGGAAGAGCUAGCCCUGCUCUAGUGGGUGGGAGUAAGGGGAAAGGAGGAGAAGAUGGCACUGCUGGAAGGUGGGGAAUAGUGAGCCCCUUUUGAAGCAUUGUGAAGGGGUAGCCUGUACAUUGUGUUUAAUCUCAUUGAUGGACAGUAUUAUCAUUGGCUCUCCAUGUGUUCAUUUACCACAGGGAUAUGCCUUGUGAAGUUAAAGCUGGUCCUGUAUAUUGGGUGUUUGGUUUUUUCCCCCCCUUCUGUUGCAGAGAGCCAACUGUUGCCUGGGAAUAACUUCACAAAUGAAUGCAACAUUCCUGGAAACUUCAUGUGUAGUAACGGACGCUGUAUCCCAGGGGCCUGGCAGUGUGAUGGGCUGCCCGACUGCUUCGAUGAAAGUGACGAGAAGGAAUGCCCAAAAGCCAAAUCCAGAUGUGGCUCCACGUUCUUCCCCUGUGCUAGCGGGAUCCAUUGUAUCAUUGGCCGCUUCCGGUGCAAUGGCUUUGAGGACUGUCCAGAUGGCAGCGAUGAAGAAAACUGUAGUAAGUGCCAAGUCUACCUGCACAUGGAGAAACGUCUUGUUUGUUUCAACAAAUCAAUACUGUACAAGAAGGAAACGUUCAGUUCUUUAACCCUGGUUUAGAUGCACACUCCCUGU